ACUCGGUAGAAAACUUUUGCCGUGAAGAAGGAAUCCUGUGGAAGUUUAUCCCACCCCGAUCACCACAUUUUGGUGGUCUGUGGGAGAGCGCGGUGAAAAAUGCAAAACAUUAUCUACGCCGGUCAAUUGGAAACCACAUACUCUCAUAUGAUGAACUUCAUACAGUAGUAUGUCAAGCGGAAGCAAUGGGCGUACCCUCACCGCUAUCCCCGAACCACCACCAGAAUCAGCUCAACUCAGCCUCCUAAAGCGAUAUAAAAUUGUCCAGUGGAUCCAAGUGCAAUUUUGGCAACGAUGGCAGCAGGAUUAUUUGAAGGAGCUGCAGACCAGAUGCAAAUGGCAAUCAGCACAACCCAAUCUGAAGGUAAAUGAUUUAGUAUUGCUGAAAGAUGACUUGGCACCACCACUAAAGUGGCCGAUGGGCCGCAUCAUCGACGUCAUGCCAGGUGAGGAUGGCAGAGUAAGAGUGGUACAAGUAAAAACCGCAGAGGGAAUAUAUAAGCGCUCUAUCACUAAGGUAUGCAAACUUCCAACCGAAUUUUCACCAACUGCAGAAACCAAUUGAAAGCAUAGCUUUCAAGGGGGGAGGAUGGCCGCGCUCCCACCAGAAACUAUGUUCACGCCGCCACUGUUUUCGUAACUGCAUAUUUAUCGUCGAAAAACAACUGUCAAUUAUCUCAUCUCAACAUUUCCCCUACUAACUGUUUUCUUCGCUGCUAGUCAACUCAUCGAAUUAAAAACAAGAACAAAGGUCUUUACGCAUUGCAUUCGUAACAUGCUUCCUAUGCUCACACUGGAAAGCUCUCACCACCACCAACACCACCUGCUUCGUUUUAGUCGUCGUCGCUGCUAGCAUAGCUCCAGCUAAAACCACUCAAUUCAUUGGAUCGCAGACCACCGGACAAAUUACACACUUCGCUUCGUACAUAUAGUUCAAAAUUU